AUGGGCCGCGAACUCAGUCGUGAGAACUUGCAGGGCAAGUUGCUGGACAAUCUGGAUUUCAGCAAUAGUCGGUUCGUUCAGUCCGAUUUGCAACGAGUCGUGUUCCGAAAUUCGUCGAUCAACAACGCGAACCUAUACCAGGCCUUGCUACAGGAAGCCGACCUGACCAAUGCGCAACUGGUCGCUUCGGAUCUCAUCGAGGCCAAUCUGUCCAACGCUAAACUUGUUUCCUCUAACCUACGCCAUAGCAAACUGGACGGCGUGAAUUUCGACGGCGCGGACCUGACUAACGCUGACUUGAAAUUCGCCACUGGCUAUACCGCAGGGCAAUUGAGUGAAGCGCGCUCUUUGUACCGGACUACGGGGAUACAUCCGAACGUAGCUGCCGAGUUGCGCGAGAGUCAUCCCGAUCUGUUCACCCCUCCGCCAGGAUUUGUCGUCUCUGAUCACACGCCUACGGCCACAUUCAGCUUCCAACGCUCAGUUUUCGGACCCAUCGGUUCCCUGUUUUCACGCUCCAAGAAUUAG